AGAAUUUUGCAUUUAUUAGCUUCCUAGUUAGUAUGAAUAAUAGAUUUCAAUUUUGUGCAACUUAUAUAUAUAGAGUAACCACAUCAAUAUUUCAUCAUUCUGUAGCAAGCUAAUUUGUGAUUAAAACAUACCAUCGAACUUUUGUUGUUAUUGUUAUAAAUACAAUACGAAAAACAAUGGAAUUUCCACAUAUAGGAAAAAACUGUUCAUAUAAGACAUGCAAUAAACUAGACUUCCUGCCAAUGAAAUGUGACGCAUGUAAAGAUGUUUAUUGCUCUGAUCAUUUUACCUAUGUUAAGCAUGAGUGUCCAGCAUCAAAUUCUAAAGAUGUACAAGUACCGCAAUGUCCUCUAUGUGGAGCUUUAGUGCCGGGAAAAAGGGGUGAACCACCAGACGUUGCUGUUGGUGCUCACAUAGACAACCAAUGUACCUCAGAUCCAGCUAAGGAGAGACGGAAAAAGGUGUUCACAAACAGAUGUUCAUACAAAGGCUGCAAGACGAAAGAAAUGGUUCCAUUGGUGUGCGUCGAAUGCUCUUUGAAUUAUUGUUUAAGGCAUAGACAUGCUGCCGAUCACAUGUGUGAGGGAAAACUGGCUGCUAAAAGACGACAAGCUGCUAAUGCGGCGAUGGCGCGACUUAAGGCCAGAGAGGUUAACUUAUCAAAUAGGACUCCGACAGCUGUUGCAGCUAAUAAUUUCACUGAGGUGCAAGGAAACAUGACCGAAGAUGAAGCAUUGGCUCAUGCAUUGGCACUAUCUCUACAAGAAAAUGGUAAUGUUCAUACGAGAGACACUAACUUUGCUAGAGCGCUAACAAGACAAAGGGUCGGAGGCGAACAGAAUUCACGUUGUACGGUUUCUUAGCAUUUAAUACAAUGAAAUAUAUUUUAGGACUAAA